AUGUCAGGAAAGGCCAAGUUUACCAAGGAAGACGAGCUCCUUCUUCAGGUAAGCUGAAAUAACGUUAUUGUUAUUGACAAACGGUUAUUUGGUAGUUUUAAUCACUAUGUUAGAGUAGUACUGGCUGUUUUUAUACAUUUUGUAUAAAGGUUAACAUGCUUAAAGCUUAGCAAUGUAAAUGUGACCAUUCUAGUCGAUCUAAUGACAUAAUUUCAGGACUUCUCUUCAUCCAUCAGCACUAAGAACUCGAUUAUCUUCUACAUUAUUUCUUUGUUGGCUUCUUUGGCUCCAUUGUACUUGUUCUACGCUAUCCACCAGAUGGAAAUUGCUGACUCCUGGUUUAUCUGGGCUGCUGCUUCUAUUGGAACUACCUAUAUUCUUGCUCAAGCCUACAAGAACGUCAAGCACGUUACCAAGCACGAGUAAGUCUUUUAUCAAUUAUUUUUCUAUCUUUAGUUUGUGCGGAAAGACUUGAUUGUGAUACUUUUAAACAGGCAUUUUAUUAGCUUAGUUUUAAGAUUAAAGAUUGAAUUGUCUAUCAUUUUAUAUAUUUGUUACCUAAAAAUGCAGUAUAUAAACUAGAGUAAACAAAAUUUUGAAAUUUGUUAUAGUAUACUUUAUAGUUAACAGAAUAAUAACGAUUGGAAUGUUUUAGUGUUGUAAGAAAGCGUGGUGAAGCCAUCUCUCGUGAUGUCAACAAGCAAUUGGCCGACGACAAGAACAUGUCCAAGAAGGAGAAGGACGAGAGAGCUUUGUGGAGAAAGAACGAAGUCGCUGACGCCGAAGCCAACCACUUCACCGUGUUCUACAACAAUGUCAUCUUCUACGUGGCCUUCAUCUUCAUUUCCUUCUUCUUGCUACAGAAUGCCAACCCUGCCUUCAACUGCCUCGGAUCCAUGUACGGAGCCGCUGGUGUCGCUUAUCUGUUCUCUACCUCCAAGUAG